AUGAAUCCCGAGGAUCCCGGUAAUGGGUUCCGGCAUGGCAAGGUUUUAAUGUUCAUCAAUGAGCAAAUGUCCAAACACACAAAAGGCCCCGAGUUCUACGUUGAGAACGUGUCCCUGUCCUGGGAGGAGGUGGAAGAAAAACUGAGACUCCUGCUGGAGGAUAGUGAGAUGACUAAGGAGGCUCAGGAAGCCUGUGCCUGGAGCAGCCUCGCCUUGGGUGUUCGCUUUGCUUGGAGGCAAGGCCACCUGCAGGGACGCAGAGUGCAAUGGCUGCACGACUUCGCCUGCCUGCACCGGUCAGCGGCACAUGCCUUGGCAUCAGACCUGAAGAAACUCACAGACCAGCAAGAGAUGGAACGCAAGGAGGCGGCCUUCCAGCUUCAGCUGGCCCACACCAAACUGGCAGAGGUGCAGAGAGAGCGGGACCUGAUGAGACUGAAGUUACUGCAUGCAGAGCUGAGGGCCUUUCCAGUUGGAGAGGUGCCAGGACUGACUACAGCCCCUGUUACUGCUGGAGGGGCAACGGCAGAGACAAAAACUGUAGGAGGGGAUAAAGAGGUGACAUCUAGCGAUAGAGCAGCGCUUGAACCGGAGAAGCAGGUGGAGGGAGCUACAGCCACGGCAGCCACAGGACAGCUAGAAGGAAACAUCCUGGAUCAGUUUGGAGCUGUGGAGUGGAAAAACUAUCCCUUGGGCUUGGAGGGGGAGGGGGCAGGGGAGGAGAAGAAAGGAGAGGAGGUGAAGGACGGGGACGGGGAAGACAAAUCUAUGGAAACACCUACAUGUUCUGAUUCUGUGUCCUUAGAUCACACGUCCACAACCUCCCCACAACCUGUCACUGUCCAACUCCCUGCCCCAUUCACAUACUCCUAUGAAAGCCCCUUUCCUGUCACACCUACCCCCUCACCACCACCAAGCAUCCUCACAGAACCACAGAUGCCUCCCUACUUCAUGGCCACUGAUAUGAAUAUGUCUGACACUGAGGGCCCAACAGUAUACCUCCAAGAACCCCCCAAAGACAGCCAAGAUAGUGGAGUCCAGCAGCAGAGCAGUGUGGCACUCUGCAGAUCGGGGAACUGGGAUUGCCCUUGGUGUAAAACUGUGAACUUUUCACAGCGGGAGAGCUGCUUCCACUGUGGGAGGCGAAUGUGGCUGGCAAGCCCUCAGUGA